AGGUUUUUCCCCUCCCUCCCCUCUGCCGCUAGUGAGUGCGCGAACGAGAAAGGAGGAGGGCGCUUCAGGCGAAAGAGCUGCAGACGCCAUUAUCCUCUGUUUCUCUGCUGCUGCAACCUCGACGUCUUACCUACGUCCCGCUUUCUUGCGGCCUAUAGGCUACUGCAACACUAGGGUGUCAGUUGGUCCCGCCCAGAACUUCAGUUCUGCUCUGCAAGGAUAUAUAAUACCUGAUUGGUGUGUCUAUUUAAUACAAGAAAAUGGAAACUGAACAGCCAGAGGAAACCUUCCCCAACACCGAAACCAAUGGUGAAUUUGGUAAACGCCCUGCAGAAGAUAUGGAAGAGGAACAAGCUUUUAAAAGAUCUAGAAACACUGAUGAGAUGGUUGAAUUGCGCAUUUUGCUUCAGAGCAAGAAUGCUGGGGCAGUGAUUGGAAAAGGAGGCAAGAAUAUUAAGGCUCUCCGUACAGACUACAAUGCCAGUGUUUCAGUCCCAGACAGCAGUGGCCCCGAGCGCAUAUUGAGUAUCAGUGCUGAUAUUGAAACAAUUGGAGAAAUUCUGAAGAAAAUCAUCCCUACCUUGGAAGAGGGCCUGCAGUUGCCAUCACCCACUGCAACCAGCCAGCUCCCGCUCGAAUCUGAUGCUGUGGAAUGCUUAAAUUACCAACACUAUAAAGGAAGUGACUUUGACUGCGAGUUGAGACUGCUGAUUCAUCAGAGUCUGGCAGGAGGAAUUAUUGGGGUCAAAGGUGCUAAAAUCAAAGAACUUCGAGAGAACACACAGACAACAAUCAAGCUUUUCCAGGAAUGCUGUCCUCAUUCCACUGACAGAGUCGUGCUUAUUGGAGGAAAACCUGAUAGGGUUGUAGAGUGCAUCAAGAUCAUCCUUGAUCUUAUAUCAGAGUCUCCCAUCAAAGGACGUGCACAGCCUUAUGAUCCCAAUUUUUACGAUGAAACCUACGAUUAUGGUGGUUUUACAAUGAUGUUUGAUGACCGCCGUGGGCGCCCUGUGGGAUUUCCCAUGCGGGGAAGAGGUGGUUUUGACAGAAUGCCUCCUGGCCGGGGUGGGCGUCCUAUGCCUCCAUCUAGAAGAGAUUAUGACGAUAUGAGCCCUCGUCGGGGACCUCCACCACCUCCUCCUGGACGAGGUGGCCGGGGUGGUAGCAGAGCUCGGAAUCUUCCUCUUCCUCCACCACCACCACCUAGAGGAGGAGAUCUAAUGGCCUAUGACAGAAGAGGAAGACCCGGAGACCGCUACGACGGCAUGGUUGGUUUCAGUGCGGAUGAAACUUGGGACUCUGCAAUAGAUACAUGGAGCCCAUCAGAAUGGCAGAUGGCUUAUGAACCACAGGUUGAGUAUCACAGGUAUUAUUCCUAUGCAGGGGGUCGUGGCUCAUAUGGUGAUCUUGGUGGACCUAUUAUUACUACACAAGUAACUAUUCCCAAAGAUUUGGCUGGAUCUAUUAUUGGCAAAGGUGGUCAGCGGAUUAAACAAAUCCGUCAUGAGUCAGGAGCUUCGAUCAAAAUUGAUGAACCUCUAGAAGGGUCUGAAGAUCGGAUCAUUACCAUUACAGGAACACAGGACCAGAUACAGAAUGCACAGUAUUUGCUGCAGAACAGUGUGAAGCAGUAUGCAGAUGUUGAAGGAUUCUAAUGCAAGAUAUUUUUUCUUUUUUAUAGUGUGAAGCAGUAUUCUGGAAAGUUUUUCUAAGACUAGUGAAGAACUGAAGGAGUCCUGCAUCUUUUUUUUUUUAUCUGCUUCUGUUUAAAAAGCCAACAUUCCUCUGCUUCAUAGGUGUUCUGCAUUUGAGGUGUAGUGAAAUCUUUGCUGUUCACCAGAUGUAAUGUUUUAGUUCCUUAAAAACAGGGUGGGGGGGGGAAGGGCGUGCAAAAACUAACAUUGAAAUUUUGAAACAGCAGCAGAGUGAGUGAAUUUUAAUUUUUGUUCAUUGUUGGUGGUUUAAAAGAAAAAAUUCCCCCCAUGUAAUUAUUGUGAACACUUUGCUUUGUGGUCACUGUAACAUUUUGGGGGGUGGGACAGGGAGGAAAAGUAACAAUAGUCCAUUUGUCCCUGGCAUCUAUUCAGAGCAGUGUGCAGAAUGUAAUGCUCUUUUGUAAGAAACGUUUUAUGAUUUUUAAAAUAAAUUUAGUGAACCUA